UAGGCCGCAACAGGACAGAGCUUCUCGUGCUGGCCUGGCCACUGGACCCUGCGACUGCGAAACCAUAACCUGCGCUGCGCGGUGCACAGCAUCUCCCGUCGCUCUUCUCUCUCGCGGAAUUCUAUGGAUAAGAACGGACUCCGACUCGUCUCCACCUCCUCGCCGUCGAAGCUCUGACGACGACCCUCCGAUCGGAAGCCAUGGGACUCGCUUCGGCCCUCCAGAGCUGCGCGCGGAGCCCCCGUCCCUUCUCCUCCCCGUCGCCGUCGCCGUCGCCGUCGCCGUCGCUUCAGCUCUCGUCUCGGUCCCCCUGCGCUCGCGUUCCCGCUCUGAUCGCAGAUAUUCGAACUCGCCACGGCCACUGCGCUCCGGUCUCUUGCUUGAAGAAGACUGAGCAGGAGGACGAUUUGUCCACCUCCGGAGAUGCAAAAAAGAGCGAGUUGUACAAUGACAUAAACAAUGUCGAUCAGCGUCAAUUGCCAAAGAAAAGGGAUCAGGAGAAAGAAAACUUUGUCUCAUCUGUCAGAACUGUUGCUCUAUGUGUGAGCACUGCAGUGGCUUUUGGGGUUGGUCUAGGCCUGAAGGAUGGUGUUGGCAAAGCAUCUGAGUUUUUCGCUGGGUACAUAUUGGAGCAGAGUUUGUCUGUAGACAAUCUGUUUGUCUUUGUUCUUGUUUUCAAGUACUUCAAAGUGCCAAUCAUGUAUCAGAACAGGGUACUUUCCUAUGGCAUUGCUGGGGCGAUAAUUUUUCGUCUGACAUUAAUAUUACUUGGGUCAGCCACACUACAGAGGUUUGAGGGAGUAAACCUAUUUCUGGCUGCAAUACUUCUGUACUCGUCAUUUAAGCUGUUCACCAGUGAAGAAGAUGACAGCGACCUAUCUGACAACUUUAUAGUGAAGACAUGCCAGAAAUUUAUCCCGGUCACAAGUAGCUAUGACGGUGACCGAUUUUUUACAAAUCAGAAUGGCUUGUGGAAAGCCACUCCUUUGCUUCUCACAGUAGCGGUCAUUGAGCUCAGUGACAUAGCAUUUGCAGUUGACUCAAUACCGGCAGUUUUUGGUGUUACACGGGAUCCUUUCAUUGUGUUCACAUCUAAUCUGUUUGCAAUAUUAGGUUUAAGGUCACUUUACAGACUCAUUUCUGAGGGUAUGUCAGACUUGGAAUAUUUACAGGUUUUCAUGUUUCGACAGAGGCUUCUCUUGGUGUUGUAGCAACAUGCUUAAGUGCUGGAGUACUUUUAAGUCUUCUCAAGAAAUCCAAUUAGCCAAAGAUGCAGUUUAAGUAUACAGCUGCCUCAGGUGAGAAAUCUGCUUGUUAACGUUGCGUCUGAGUAACCAGUGCUCCUUCAUUUCACACAUCCAGCCAUCCUUUGUUUAUUGUGACAUGAGAGUCGUGACUUUAUGCAUCUCCAAAACUGUGCUGGUCAUUGCCAAAGAACGGAUUACUUUCAGUCUCUGGAGAGCAAGAUUGUUUUGAAAGAGAAAUUUCUUCCACAUUCUUCACCCUUCGGAGGCAAGGUGCACUUGGAUAGUGGCUAGGAGACUUUACAGCCUCAUCUUCGGCUUACCUGCUGUAUGUCCACUGUCAUUUCUCAUGAACAUGAUGGUGAUAAGAUGCUUGUCUUCAGGCUUUUGUGCAGUGCGGUGACUCUCCAACAUUCUCGAGCUCCUCUGGAAGUGGUGGUAUCUUUGGGAGGCAUCCAAGAAUUACAUGACCCUGCAUAUAUGAAUACGCAUCAGUACCACCGGAUGUCCACAGAUUGCCAGGAACUGCUAUUGCCAUACCAAGAGGGAGAAUAAGUGAGGAAGUGAAGAUAGAAAACAUAGUUGAUAAGUUGAAUUCACUUGUGUAACUGGCUCAAUGCUUCAAAUUGCGAAGUAGAAGAGCGCUUUUACACUGAUUGGUGAAGCGUACAUGAAGCCUUCACUAUACAAUGCGUUUCUUGGUUACUGUUCAGGUAUUUGAAUAAAAUGUCUAGAGAACUUUGUGUACUGCAUGCACAAUUCUUUUUAAGUGUUGAUGCCAAGAAAUUUGUUGCUUUGCUU